GGGCAUUGUCCGGCUCUAGCUGCGGCGGUCCGACUGCGAGAGCAGCGGCGGCGGCGCGGGGCUGCAGUGGGCGUCGCGCGGCCGAGACCAUGGCUGGAGGCAAAGCUGGAAAAGACAGCGGGAAGGCCAAGGCUAAGGCAGUGUCUCGCUCACAGAGAGCUGGGCUCCAGUUUCCUGUGGGCCGCAUCCACAGACACUUGAAGACUCGCACCACAAGCCAUGGACGGGUGGGCGCCACUGCUGCUGUGUACAGUGCUGCAAUUCUGGAGUACCUCACAGCUGAGGUGUUGGAGUUGGCAGGUAAUGCUUCUAAAGAUCUCAAAGUAAAGCGCAUCACCCCACGUCACUUACAGCUUGCAAUCCGAGGUGACGAAGAGUUGGAUUCACUGAUCAAGGCUACCAUAGCCGGGGGCGGUGUGAUUCCGCACAUCCACAAGUCUCUGAUCGGAAAGAAGGGGCAGCAGAAAACUGCUUAGGACGUGAGUCACUGACCUGCUGUCCUCACUGUGUGUGACUGGGCAGAGGGUACCAGUCGGUGUGUGGGAAAGCAUAGACAAUUGCUGUAGACAGAAGACACAUUUGUAUGUUUUUAGACUCUCGAAGUUUGAUAAACUCCUUUCCCUGUGGUCAGUCAUGUGUUGACUGGCCAGGUCUCUCCCUUGUGUUUUAUACAAAAAUAGAAUUGAUAAACAUUUUUUACAAAAGGAAUUUGUCUCAGUAUUUCUUCAUGAUGUGUUAGAAAUACUUUUUUUUUUUUUUGACACUCCGUCAGUAAAUUAAACGCUUAAAGUACGCAGAUCCACCCCCAGAUUGCGAUUUAAGACUGUUUCCUGCAUGGUUUGUCUCCUCAGUCACGGUCCACAGGACUCUGAGAAGUCGUAGGAAUAUGCAGGCGCAGACUCGAAGCCCCGCUUCAUCUCCAAUGUUGUGGAAAGGGACUGUACAUCAUCGGGCAGUACCCUAUGCUCCCGUGUGUUAGAAAUACUUUGUUUUACCUGGGCAUGGCCGUGUUGCUUGCGACCCCAGCAUUUGGGAGGAGUGGGCAGGACCUUCAGAGUUGGUGCUGAUCUUUGCCUACACUCCAAGUUCUUUGACAACCUAGACUACAAGAGACUCUGUCUCAAAAGAAAAAACAUUGUUUGUUCAGACAUUGACAUUUUAAGUUGCAAAUUAGUUAUUCAGAAUUAUCUUGAGGCAAAAAUUAGGAUGUAAUGUACCUUGAUUGGUAUAGUUUUUGUUUGAAUCUCGGAUAUAAUCAAUUUUUAGAAAUAUGUAUUUAUUAAUGUAUACAGUGUUCUGCCUCCAUGUAUGCCUGCAGGCCAUAAGAAGGAACAAGGUCUCUUAACAGAUGGUUGUGAGCCACCAUGUGGUUGCUGGGAAUUGAACUCAGGACCUCUGGAAGAGCAGUCAGUGCUCUUAACUGCUGAGCCAUCUCUCCGGUCCUCAUCAAGGAGUGUUACUACCCCUCUUUAUGGGCAUGUGCGCCCAUUGUCCACAGGAAUUAAUGAUCUGCUGAGAAGACAGUCGAGCUGGCAGAAACGACAGUGGAGUCAGGACACAAACCUGGGUCUUUCUGGCUUCAGAGUGCCCCCUGACCUAGAAAUGAUACUACUGAGUUAGACUUUUCUGAUUGGGUCCUGGAAUUCUAACUUUGUGGUCACUCACUGAUCCCACUAACCUGCAGUAACUGUAUAAAGAUGAUGUCUACGUGACUGCAAGAUGUAAGUUAAUUCACUAGUAAAUGUGACAGCCAAAAUUUUAUUUUUCAUCAAUGUCUUUGUGAGAAAUUGAUAUUUUAUAACAUAACAGUAUCAAAACAGUUCAUUUUUGAAGAAAUAUUUUAUUAUGGGAAUUCUGACAAGUGCACAGAAAUAAAGAGAAUAGCACUAGCG